CCUCUGGUCUACAUCCCAACGGUUCCUGUUUCAGGCUCAUUAACUGAUCUUCAUCAGCCCAACCAUUGAGCUUUUUCCCUUUUUUUUUUUCUUUCAUUUUUUUUCACCUUGUUUGGGUUUUUCCCAUUCUCCCCAAAGAACCACAAUUCAAUAAAACAAGAAAAUAAAUCCAAAUUAAAAAGGAAAAAAAAAACAGAGAAGAGGAGAGGCCCUUUGGUUGAAUCAGUGACCAAGGGAGGCCAAAAGCAACCUUUUUCCCAAGGGAAAGAUCUAACAUUUUAUCCAACUUAUCAAUUUCUAGACAUGCCGUUUUCAAGGAAUUUUAGUCUUCUCCUUCCUGGAAUUAGGAUUUUGCUUUGGGGAUUUUAGAUGCAAUCUUCUGGUUACCUUCCCCCUUGGAUCUGUGCCCUUUUUGCGUGCAUGGGCCGCUAGAGUAAGGAUUGAGUUGUUAUAGUCGCUACCAAUUAUACAUGUGGUUAAUCCUGGUUUGCAACAGAGCAGAGGUUGUUUUGGAUGCUUCACGAAACCCACACUGAUUGUUGCGGUGGAUGACCCAUCAAAGGGUCUCACAAUUCAAGGCCGGAAAGUGAAGAAAUCUAGCCUUUCUGAGGAUUUCCCAAGCAGCAGUGCAUGUGAGAUGGAAUAUAGUGCAGCUCAGUCCCAGGGAAGCGUUUCAUCAACCAGCCUGUCAAAUCAACCCCCUGAUCCAUCUGGCAGUACAAGCUAUCCUUCUGAAUUCGUAAAUCAUGGCCUUCUUCUUUGGAACCAGACAAGGCAACAAUGGCGUGGAAAUAAAAGGUCUGAGAAGCGGGCACAACCUCAAGAACCCACAAUAAGUUGGGAUGCUACCUAUGAGAGUUUACUAGGGGAUAAUAAGCCAUUCCCCCAGCCGAUUGCUCUUCCUGAAAUGGUGGAUUUUCUAGUCGAUUAUUGGGAGCAAGAGGGCUUAUACGAUGGAGUAGGAUGAUGUAAAGAACUAUUCGAUAAGAAGAAAAAUAGAGAAAGGAUAUAUUUUUCGAGGAAUUUGUUGAGAUUGCCGAUUGUACCAUCCUCUUUUGGAUUGUUCCAUUGUAUUAUCCUUACAUUACAAUUUACAAGUCCUUUAUAAAUUGGCAAGAGAAAUGCAAUACUCUAGUUUCUAGUAUUGUCCAUCA